CUGGUGGUGUAGAUCCCCUAAACAAGUCCUGUUUGACGGACAGCUGCGUUUCUGCAACCUGUGCUGCACGAUUCUCUGCCGGGCCGGGUCUACCCGCCCCGGCGAAAGUAGUCAACAUGGUAGAAACAUCUCGUGCUCCUGACGGGACGAACCGGAGGAACUCGCUAUCGGCCCGUCCUGCGGCAAACCUUCCCGGUUUGCGGAACGUUGCUUCUGUAAGCGCUGACAAGGACCAGGAACCAGCACUGGUGACAAGGGAGGGGCCGACCAAGGACAACGCGGAAAUCGACCAGCUGUACGCGGAUGCGGAGGAUCAGCGGUUGUCGAAAACGUCGCUGGUAGACGACGUGCUGAACAUCAGCAAUGUGCUCACGGACGGCGUGUCGGCGAUGGUGGACGACUCCUUCAACAAGUGCUUUACCAGCACGCGCCCGGAGCCCUGGAACUGGAACAUCUACCUGUUCCCCAUCUGGGUGGUGGGCGUGCUGGUCCGGUAUUUCAUCCUGUUCCCGGUGCGGCUAACACUGCUCAUGAUUGCCUUCAACACUCUCAUCCUCUUGUUCCUGGUGUUCGACAUCUCACUGCCGCGCGGCAGACGGAAGAUGGCGAUUCAGCGCAAGCUGGUGCAGUGGAUGUGCUGCGCCUGGGUGGCGGCGUGGCACGGGGUGAUCAGGUACCACGGCCCCAAGCCCACGCCCGGCCCCAACCGCAUCUGGGUGUCCAACCACACCUCCAUGAUUGACUACGUGGUGCUGUGUAGCUACAGCCCCUUCGCCGUCAUCAUGCAGCUGCACCACGGCUGGAUCGCGUUCCUGCAGAAGCGCAUCCUGUCCUCGCUGGGCUGCCUGUGGUUCAACAGGACGGAGGUGAACGACCGCGCAGUGGUGGCGACGCGCAUGCGCGAGCACGUGAACAACCCGGACGGCAUCCCGCUGCUCAUCUUCCCCGAGGGCACCUGCGUCAACAACGAGUACACGGUCAUGUUUAAACGUGGCGCGUUCGACAUCGGCGCCACGGUGUGCCCUGUGGCCAUCAAGUACAACAAGAUCUUUGUGGACGCCUUCUGGAACAGCCGCCGCGAGUCGUUCGGCAAGCACCUGUUCCGCCUGCUGACCAGCUGGGCUCUGGUGUGCGACAUCUACUUCCUGGAGCCGCAGGCGCUGCGGGAGGGCGAGACGCCGCAGGAGUUCGCGGGGCGGGUGCAGGCGAUGAUUGCCAAGUAUGCCAACCUGCGCAUUGUGCCCUGGGACGGCUACCUCAAAUACUACAACCUAGGAGAGAAGAACCCGGGGCUUAUCGAGAAGCGGCGCCGCGUGCUUGCGGACGUGCUGCGUGGAUAUCUGGGAAAGCAGGUGCAGCAGCCGGCGGCGGCGGCAGCGGCAGGAGGCGGAGAGAAGGCUGCGAAAGGUGUGGCGGACAAGAGCGGCUCAGAAGAGCCCACCGGCUGGAAGAAGGUGGCGGCAGGCGCGCAGGUGCACCCGCAGUGAGGGAAGGCAGCACGGAGAGGGUCUCGGAAGCCUCUCGCCCCGCGUCGUGUGCCGAGCGAGUGCCGAGGAAUGUGGGCAUGGCAGCGGCUGCCGUAAUAUCAAUGUAUUGUAGUAUUCGGGUGAGGGUCCCGGGAAAGGGUUGUGGGUCGAUCUGGGUCGGAUGGGAAUCUUGGGUUCGUUUUGGCGCGGUGCUGCUGGGGGUGCUGCUGGGGUUGCUACGGGGCCAAUCAUGUAGUAGGCAUCAGAAGUCUCAUAACAUCAUUAAGCUGGACUCUUGCCGCGGAAGUCGGGCACGUGUCGAGGGCGUGGCAGCGCAAGCAUUGUCACUGACUGUGCAUGGGCGUGUGACGGAGCCAUAGCUUGCCCAGCAGCGGGUGUUGACAUGACGGGCUGACAUAUGAUCAUACGGCAGGGGUGUUCUCGAUUCAGCGCUAGUUCAGUUGUUUGGCUGGAUGCUGUGCAGACAUGAAGGUUGAAGAGGAUGUGAAGGUUGAAAUGGCAACGUUUGUUACGGGGCUUGGAGAGUUGGAGGAAGGAUUUCCAUCGAGCACGGUGCUUGAUGUGUCGCUGAGACGCUCAGUUGCCAACUGUGACGCAACGUGGGACCACCUCGUUUGAAACGGUAUGACAACGCG